GUACGAGUGCUUCUCGGGAUUUGUUACUCUGCUGAAAUUGGAGGGCUUGAUGUCAGACUUGCUGAACACAGGCACCCUUGGCUUAUGUGAAGGUCAACUACAGUACGUGUCUGUUAAUCGUCCGUUCUGUCAUCGGAGAUGGAUGCAAACGCUGGAGGUAUCUCAAAUUGCUAUUCCUGGUUCUCAAAUUGCUAUUCCUGGAAUACGGGCUCAGCUUCUUGUGAGUGCUGGUGUGCGCAAGCCUUCAACGACUCGCGCGUCUUUACAAAUUAAAAGAUUGAUAAUAGAUGAGAAGCGGGAGUUAAUAAUGUCGAUGGAAAUGAUGCUGUGGGUUAUGAACCUUAGGUGGAACAUGGUGGAUGUGCGGGAUGUGAACAUGGUGUCAAGAAUUGUUAUGCAAAACGAUACUGUGGACGGUAGACUUGAGGUGUAAUGAUGUUGCGGGACGAUUGGUGUUCGGUUUCCACAUGUUUGUUUUUGAAGGUUUAAACGAAAAUGGUGUUAGCUUCUUCCAUUGCUGGUCUGUCUGUUGAAGUGUUGAGUUGUGAAUCGGUUGAGACGGCGAGGCCAAACGAUCCAUACAGGUUCCGAGACGAAGCGAGUAAUGUAGGUGUCAAGAACUUUGAUCCAAAAUGACUCUUUUUUUGACGAUACGCCUUUGGUGUAAUGUAGCUCCACGAAUGGCUAGGAGUGCAGAUGAGUGCUGUGUUGGCUCAGUUUCCGCAUGUUUGUGUCGAUUUGAACGAAUUGCUUCCCGAGGUGUUUCUCACCGUGGUCGUGUGCACUUUGAGAGUCAAUGGAAGCAGAUAGAAAUCUUUCAGUUUACAAACCAAUGGCUGGGCAGAAUCCACAUCCAUUGACCUGUCUACUGGAACAGCCCACAGUCCGGUCGUGAAAGGAAAUUCUUCAUUCCCGUGCAUCGGUCCGGGGAACUUCCUCUGCACAAUGUGGCAAGUCUUUAUCCAUCAGUCAGAUGCAUGCUGGGCAGACUGUUGGUGUUGAUCCUACGCGGAGCUUCCUUUGGGAAAGGUACGGGACGGUCGGGAGUGUUGUUUUGCUUAAACCACCAGUACUUCCUAAAGUUGUGCCUGUUAACAGCCACAAUUUUAGGAAAGGUAUGGGCCACUACUUCAGCGCCCAAAUUCAUCCGACUAGAAACGUUUCUACUCUAUUUUUUAACUGCUUUUCUUCGUGGAAGAUAUCCCAUCCCAAGAAGGAAUACAGAAUGUCAAAGGAUCCCCUUGGUGGCGAUGCUCUCCACUUAUGUGAAGCUGCCCGCAAGUGUGGCCCCCGUGUGAAAAGUUGGAGGCUUUCUCAACGCGUAUGGCAGCGGAUCGGAAUGUCUCCGAGGGAUAAGCAACCCGCAGGGUCUGAUUAUCUUUGUCCUGUAUAAUCUGUGAGAUAAGCUAUGUUCUUCUGGCCAUCUGUUUUGUUUUGCGGUGAUUUCGUCGCGAUGUAUGUACCUGAGUCACAGCUCAUGUCUGUACUACCUGGCAAUUGCUUGCUCCGCACUUUGUUUGAAGGACGAACUGCCAUAUCAUUCAUCAUGAUUGGUGGUUCCGUUAUGUCCUCCUCUCCCCUUCCAACGGUUGCCAGGUGACACUCCCCCGUUUGCACGCGUAGAUUGUAAUGUUCCCUUACAUGUACCCGAAGCCUGACUUGGCUGCAUAGCGUCUGAAGGACAGGUUGAUUGCCGGAGAAUAUAUUUCAAGAGUGGGUCGGAUGGCGUUGGAGAGGAGGAAUGUGACCAUAAUCCCGCCUUUUGCACGUUUGGAGUGCUGCCUAGGCAGAAAAACGAGGUCUCAACAAGGCAAGCAGGAGCCCUAGGGCGGUCAAGCGGCUUCAAAAACCAUAAUCCCGCCUUCUGCGCGAUGUGUGCAGUGAGCCAAAAAAUAGCAAGGCAAAAGAACAGCAAGCAAAAAAAAAUGACGUUCCAACUUCCAAAACCAAAAAAGCGAAAAACACUAAGGACUUUAUUAAAUGUGAUGAUAACAAGAUUGUUUUGUAGGAGAUGCGCCGAGUCGUCAGGAGGCUGAACCCUUGACAAUCUGAGGAAUCUCCACAUUUGAUGAUUUGGGUCAUGAAUGAACCCUUUGCCCCCUGGGUAAGGCAGACUGUCCCUAGAUAGAACACAGCAGCGGGCAGCAACCCAGCGAAGCACCAGACAACGCUGCAGAGGCAAUGCGACUGCUCUCACGCGAUGCGUGCAAUACUCUAGUUAGACCGAACAUUCUAGAGAGCGACUUGGGUUAUAGAAGGUGACAUUAACAAAGCAAGCACCACGGA